UGCCACUCAGACUGUUUGUGACUAGUACAAAUACAAGAUACAAAGCAGGUAAAUAGUCAACAUUGAGCAACACCGGUGUAUUCUGUUUACUACACCAUUUCCAUAGUCAACACAAACUUUUGAACUCCGGUUGAAUACAGUUUCUACAAUGGAAGAGCUCGGAAUUAUUGAUUCGUCAUCCGUGCAAGCCCAGUUUUCUCCUGUUGGUAAAUUGAAUCCCAAGUUAUCCAACUACGAUGAUAACUCCGACGUUUACUUGAAGUUGAAGAAGUUGGAAAAAGAAUUGGAUUUGCUCAAGUUACAAGAAGAUUAUAUUAAGGAUGAACAGCGUCACUUGAAGAGAGAAUUGAUAAGAGCCCAGGAAGAAGUAAAGAGAAUCAAAUCAGUCCCUUUGGUUAUUGGCCAGUUCUUGGAACCUAUUGAUGAAAAUACUGGUAUUGUAUCGUCAACUACAGGUUCGAAUUACGUGGUGAGAAUAUUAUCUACUUUGGAUAGAGAGUUAUUAAAACCUUCUUCUUCGGUAGCUUUGCAUCGUCACUCUAAUGCCUUGGUUGAUAUUUUACCUCCAGAAGCUGACUCUUCUAUUUCUAUUGUGAGUGAUGACAAGAAACCUGACGUCACAUACGCUGACGUUGGUGGUCUAGAUAUGCAAAAACAAGAGAUCAGAGAAGCUGUUGAGUUACCAUUGACACAAGGUGAUUUAUACACUCAAAUUGGCAUUGACCCUCCAAGAGGAGUGUUGUUGUAUGGACCUCCUGGUACUGGUAAAACAAUGUUGGUUAAGGCAGUUGCCAACUCUUCGACUGCUUCAUUUAUCCGUAUUAAUGGUUCAGAAUUUGUCCAGAAAUACUUGGGUGAAGGUCCAAGAAUGGUAAGAGACGUUUUUCGAUUAGCCAGAGAAAACUCUCCAGCUAUUAUUUUUAUUGAUGAGAUCGAUGCCAUUGCCACUAAAAGAUUCGAUGCCCAAACCGGAGCCGAUAGAGAAGUUCAAAGAAUAUUGUUGGAAUUAUUAAAUCAAAUGGAUGGUUUCGACCAAACCUCCACCGUCAAAGUCAUCAUGGCCACUAAUAGAGCUGAUACAUUGGACCCAGCUUUAUUGAGGCCUGGAAGAUUGGAUAGAAAGAUUGAAUUCCCUAAUUUGAAAGAUAGAAGAGAAAGAAGGUUGAUUUUUUCUACUAUUGCCUCCAAGAUGGCAUUGGCUCCAGAAGCUGAUUUGGACUCAUUGAUUAUAAGAAACGACCCAUUGUCAGGCUCAGUGAUUGCCGCAAUCAUGCAAGAAGCUGGUUUGAGGGCAGUGAGAAAGAAUAGAUACAUGAUUUUGCAAAGUGAUUUAGAAGAAGCUUACACAGCCCAAGUCAAGACUGGCUCUGAACAAGACAAAUUUGAUUUCUAUAAAUGAUUGCAAUGCCGAUAAAUAAAUAAUACGAUUCAAGUACACUUUAUACACUUUAAAUAAUUUCGUAGAUUCCUAACCCUGGGGCCAAGCACUCUAGUGAUUCAAAGUUCAAAUGGUCCAAGUCUAAGUGAUAAGAGUAUUUCCAAAUCAUUUGCAACGAAGAUGAUUCGAAAUCGCAGUUGAUCGAAGCAACUGGUGCUACCAACAUGAGCUUUUUGUUGGUGCUUUGAACCCCCUUUAUGAUAUCAUAUAUGUCUUUCUGGUCACUUCCCAUUGCAUCAAUAAUUAAAUUAUCAUAUUUCUUCAAAAGACUUGUGUUAAAUUGUUCCAAGGUGACCAUUAUGGUGGAGUAUUUGGGGCUUCCGAGAAGCCAAGUUGGUGGUGAAUAAGUUCUCCACCAUAUUUGUACAAACUUCUCAUUUUGAAGUACCAAAUUCGCAUGAGAAUAGUCAAGUGCUGGAAUGACACCACCUUGGUGUAAAAUUCCCAUUAAUAAGCACAUUACUAUGUUAAACAAGUACCAUAAAACAAUAAUACUAGUGGCAAAAUUGGAAGACCUAGUCAACACCUUAUCUGGCUUAAGGUUAUUCUCGUUCGAAAUAAUCUUUUCUUUAAUCUCUUCACUUUCGGUGUCCACACCCAUUAUUCUGCUGAAAUCAAUACAGCAGCUAGCAAUUGGUAAUAAGGGCAUAAGAAACCGCAACUCCUGGUGUGGCACAAACGAAAGGAUCGUCAAACCACUAACAAAAGAUAGAAAUGGUACCGUUCUGUAGUAAUUAUUUCUACCCUUAUAAAAGAGCACACAUAAAAGUGGUCCAAAAACCUGGGGAAGAUUUAUUAAGACAUGGGUGUAAAAUGGAUGAAUGCCAUGUAAUGCCAAGUUUUUAUAGCUUGAGUUAUAUAUCAAGUUAUUCAAUGGGGUUAUCACCAACUCCCUGGGUGAGGAUACUAGCACUAUAUGCUUGAACUCAUAGGUAUCAAUGAAAAUGAAAAGUGUGGUAGGAAUCAU